GCCGUGCGCGGGGGCCGGCGCCAAUGGCGGCAGGCGGAGGAGGCGGCUGACGGGAGCCGCUGCCCGUCGCGCCCAUUCAUCGCCGACGCCUUCCCCCGGCUUUCUCUCUUCCCCCGGCUCCGCCGGGCUGCCCUCCGCCUCCGCAGCCGCCAUGGAGGCGCUGAUCCCAGUGAUCAACAAGCUGCAAGACGUCUUCAACACGGUGGGGGCCGACAUCAUCCAGCUGCCGCAGAUCGUGGUGGUGGGCACUCAGAGCAGUGGAAAGAGUUCAGUGUUGGAAAGCCUUGUGGGGAGGGAUCUGCUCCCACGAGGUACCGGAGUUGUGACCCGAAGACCCCUCAUUCUGCAGCUGGUGCAUGUUUCCCCAGAGGAUGGUCGGAAAACAGCUGGAGAUGAAAAUGACCCUGCUACAUGGAAAAAUCCAAGACACCUUUCUAAAGAGAUAGAUGCUGAAGAGUGGGGUAAAUUUCUUCACACCAAAAAUAAGAUCUAUACAGAUUUUGAUGAAAUUCGUCAGGAAAUAGAAAAUGAAACAGAAAGAAUUUCAGGAAAUAACAAGGGUAUCAGUCCUGAACCAAUUCAUCUUAAGAUUUUUUCGUCUAAUGUUGUGAAUCUGACUCUUGUGGAUUUACCAGGAAUGACAAAGGUGCCUGUUGGUGAUCAGCCCAAAGAUAUUGAACUUCAAAUAAGAGAACUAAUCCUUCAAUUCAUCAGCAACCCAAAUUCAAUUAUUCUGGCAGUCACAGCAGCAAACACAGACAUGGCCACUUCAGAAGCACUUAAAAUUGCACGGGAAGUGGAUCCAGAUGGUCGAAGAACCCUUGCUGUUAUCACAAAGCUGGAUCUCAUGGAUGCGGGCACUGAUGCUAUGGAUGUGCUCAUGGGCAGAGUGAUUCCAGUAAAACUUGGCAUCAUUGGAGUAGUGAACAGGAGUCAGCUGGAUAUUAACAAUAAGAAGAGUGUAGCCGAUUCUAUUCGUGAUGAAUAUGGUUUUCUUCAAAAGAAGUAUCCCUCCCUAGCCAAUCGAAAUGGAACUAAGUAUCUUGCUAGAACACUGAACAGACUACUCAUGCAUCAUAUCAGGGACUGCUUGCCAGAACUGAAAACCAGAAUCAACGUUUUAGCUGCUCAGUACCAGUCUCUGCUUAAUAGCUAUGGGGAACCUGUUGAGGACAAAAGUGCCACUUUAUUGCAACUUAUUACCAAAUUUGCUACAGAAUAUUGCAAUACUAUUGAAGGAACAGCAAAAUACAUAGAGACUUCUGAGCUAUGUGGUGGAGCCAGAAUCUGUUACAUCUUUCAUGAGACCUUUGGACGAACCUUAGAAUCUGUUGACCCUCUAGGUGGCCUUAAUACAAUUGAUAUCCUGACUGCCAUUAGAAAUGCUACUGGCCCCCGUCCUGCCUUGUUUGUUCCUGAAGUUUCAUUUGAAUUGCUGGUUAAAAGGCAAAUCAAACGUUUAGAAGAGCCCAGCCUUCGCUGUGUGGAGCUGGUUCAUGAAGAAAUGCAAAGAAUUAUACAGCAUUGUAGUAAUUACAGUACACAGGAGUUGCUGAGGUUUCCCAAGUUACACGAUGCCAUAGUUGAAGUUGUAACCUGUCUUCUGCGUAGAAGGCUUCCUGUCACAAAUGAAAUGGUUCACAAUUUAGUGGCUAUUGAGUUAGCCUAUAUCAAUACCAAACAUCCAGAUUUUGCUGAUGCCUGUGGGUUAAUGAAUAACAACAUAGAGGAACAGCGGCGUAACAGGUUAGCACGGGAAUUGCCUUCUUCUGUGCCACGAGACAAGUCUACUAAAGCUCCAGGUGCAUUGCCACCUGCUUCCCAGGAGACUGUUACUGCUGCUUCUGCUGAGGCUGAUGGCAAGGCUGCUGCUGGAGCAGGAGAUGUAUCUCAGGAGUCUGGAACGGGCAACUGGAGAGGAAUGCUGAAAACCUCAAAAGCAGAGGAGGGAUCAGCAGAGGAAAAACCAAAACCUGCUGCAGCUCUUCCCGCUAGUCCUCAAAAAGGACAUGCUGUAAACCUAUUAGAUGUGCCUGUACCUGUUGCACGCAAACUUUCUGCCCGUGAGCAGCGAGAUUGUGAAGUGAUUGAACGGCUCAUUAAAUCUUAUUUCCUUAUUGUCAGAAAGAAUAUUCAGGACAGUGUGCCAAAGGCAGUGAUGCAUUUUCUGGUGAACCACGUGAAAGACACUCUUCAGAGUGAGCUGGUGGGCCAGCUGUACAAAUCCUUGCUGUUGGAUGACCUUCUGACGGAAUCCGAAGACAUGGCGCAGCGCAGAAAAGAGGCAGCUGACAUGCUGAAGGCCUUGCAGCGAGCCAGUCAAAUCAUUGCAGAGAUUCGGGAGACACAUCUUUGGUGAAGACGGUACCAGCCACGCUAUUUAUAUGCGUUGGAGGUUACACUGACUUCAGGAUUGCUAGGCAUGGUAUACGGAGUAGAAUUUUUAUUUAUGAACUCUUAUCUGUGUACUGCAACUGUGUAAAUCUGCUCAUGUAAAGACAGUUGGUUUGAUUUGCAAACAGAAAAAUAUGCUGUAUUUUGCAAAAUAAGUCGUAUUUAAUCCACAUAAUAAAUGGCUCUAAAUGUUUCCUUA